AUCUCCAACCUCGGCAGGCUGCUGCACGCCAAGGGCGACCUGGACGGGGCGGAGGAGCUGUAUCGCGAGGCUCUUGACGCGUGCAGAGAGACGCUGGGCGGGAGGCACCCGCACACGCUCACCUCGAUCGCCAACCUCGGCGGGCUGCUGCAGGACAAGGGCGACCUGGACGGGGCGGAGGAGCUGCUUCGCGAGGCUCUUGACGCGUGCAGAGAGACGCUGGGCGGGAGGCACCCGCUCACGCUCACCUCGAUCGCCAACCUCGGCUGGCUGCUGCAGGACAAGGGCGACCUGGACGGGGCGGAGGAGCUGUAUCGCGAGGCUCUUGUCGCGCGCAGAGAGACGCUGGGCGGGAGGCACCCGGACACGCUCACCUCGAUCAACCUCCUCGGCAGGCUGCUGCACGACAAGGGCGACCUGGACGGGGCGGAGGAGCUGUAUCGCGAGGCUCUUGACGCAAGCAGAGAGACGCUGGGCGGGAGGCACCCGGACACGCUCGUCUCGAUCAACAACCUCAGCUCGCUGCUGCACGACAAGGGCGACCUGGACGGGGCGGAGGAGCUGUGUCGCGAGGCUCUUGACGCAAGCAGAGAGACGCUGGGCGGGAGGCACCCGAGCACGCUCGUCUCGAUCUCCAACCUCGGCUGGCUGCUGCGCGCCAAGGGCGACCUGGAUGGGGCGGAGGAGCUGUAUCGCGAGGCUCUUGACGGGUGCAGAGAGACGCUGGGCGGGAGGCACCACCACACACUUCUGGUGGAGAAG